UGAUUUUGCAUUUCAGGGGGAGAGAACUGUAUGCAAACAAUACAGUUCUCUCCCCUGUCAGCUCCAGCACACACUGCUUUGUAUGGCUCUGCAUAGCGGAGCCAUACAAAGCAGUGUGCUUACAGUGAAAAGCACAGGCACAGCCUAGAGUAAAACAGCACACAGUUAACCCUUUGAUCGCCUCUCAUGUUAACCCCUUCCUGCCCAGUGUCAUUAGUACAGUGUCAGUGCUUUUUAUUAGCACUGAUCACUGUAUUGGUGUCACUGAGGAUGUCAGUGACUUUAAGUCAGUUCCCCCUAGUGUCAGAAUGCCCGCCACAGUCCUACAGUCCCGCUAUA